AUGUCCUCCCCCGUGAGGAGCUCCGUCAUGAUGGCCCCCUCCAUGUCCUCGUCCCGCCUGGGGAGCAUGAGGGCCGGCAGCGUGUACGGAGGAGCUGGAGGAUCUGGAGUCCGUAUCUCCAUGUCCUCCUCCUCCUCCUCCAGUGCUGGUACUGGUGCUGGCGGUGCCUUCAACCUGAGCGAUGCCAUGGACGUCUCUGUCAGCGAGAAGGCCACCAUGCAGAACCUCAACACCCGCCUGGCCACCUACCUGGAGAAGGUGCGCAGCCUGGAGAAGGCCAACGCCGAGCUGGAGCUGAAGAUCAGAAAGUUCCUGGAGAGCAAAGCUGCGCCGGAGGCUCACAACUUCAGCAGCUUCAACGUCCAGAUCAAAGACCUGCAGGACCAGAUCCAAGCUGCUACUUGUAAAAACGCCACAUUCGUCCUCUCCAUUGACAACGCCAACUUGGCCAGGGACGACUUCAAAGUCAAGUACGAGAACGAGCUGGUCAUGCGUCAGUCAGUUGAGGCCGACAUCGCCGGUCUGAGGAGGGUCCUGGACGAGCUGACUCUGAGCCGGACCGACCUGGAGAUGCAGCUCGAGGGUCUGAAGGAGGAGCUGAUCUUCCUCAAGAAGAACCACGAGGAGGAGCUGCUGGCGAUGCGAGCUCAGAUGGGCGGUCAGGUGAACGUGGAGGUGGAUGCGGCUCCAGCAGAGGACCUCAAUAAGGUCAUAGAGGAGGUCAGGGAGCACUACGAAGCCACUGUUGCCAAAAGCCGCAAAGAACUGGAGGCGUGGUUCAAUGCAAAGACAGAAGACCUUCACAAAGAAGUCGCUAUCAGCACAGAAACCCUCCAGUCGUCCAAAUCCGAGAUCACAGAGGUCAAACGAACGCUGCAGAGCCUGGAGAUCGAGCUGCAGUCCCAGUUCAGCAUGAAAGCGUCGUUGGAGGCCACCCUGAAUGAGACUCAGAACCGGUACACCAUGCAGCUGACGGGUUACCAGAACCAGGUGACCAUGCUGGAGGAUCAGCUGACGCACCUGAAGGCCGAGCUGGAGAGGCAGUCCCAGGAGUACCAGAUGCUGCUGGACAUCAAGACCAGGCUGGAGAUGGAGAUCGCCGAGUACAGGAGGCUGCUGGACGCAGAGGCCAGCAGCAGUUUGGCCAUCUCCUCCACCUCCACCAAACAGAAAGUAAUCACCAUCGUAGAGCAAGUGGUGGAUGGAAAGGUGGUGAGCUCCUCCCAAGAGACCGUCACUCAAACCAUCUGAGCACCAGCAGAUGGCACUAUCACAGUGGGCUAUUCGGGGUCAACUGUAGUCUUAAGUUGUUGUUUCUCUAGUGGCCACCUGCAGCUGCUGUACUAAAAGGUUAGGAGGGUGAGGAAUAAUUUACAGUUACAAACUGAAGCAACAAUAAAAAGUCUAAUGAG